AUGAUAAGUAAAGAAGAAUCAUUUAUUGAUUCAAACUCACAAUAUUAUAGAAUUGGUAAUACAAAAUAUGGAGGUAGAGGAUGUUUUGCAAUUGAAGAAAUAGAAAAUGAUACAAUUAUACACAUUUCUGAAUCACCUUUGAGCUCCACAAUUUCAAAACCUUUCAAAAAGGAGGUUUGUCAAUUAUGUUUCAAGUAUGAAUUUGGGAAGUAUAUGAAAUUUAAGGUAAGUCAAAAAGUUAAUAAAGAUCAGCAUUGUUCAAUAUGGUUUUGUAGUCAAGAAUGUGAGGAUAAUUUUAAAAAACAUGAUGUUAAUGAUAUUUAUAUAAAUAAUUUAUUAAAUUGUGAAAAAUAUUACUUAUUAGGUUUAUCGAAGCCUGAGAUCGAAGCCAAGGAACCAAAAGGUGAUUUAAAUGAAACUAUUAAUGAAGAAUGGGCAAAAGUCGACCUAUGGAAUGAAAAAAUCGCCAAUAUGAAACCAUCCAAAUUAUUAAAUUUAAUACCGAGAAUUGAUGAUAGUGAAUAUUUAGAAAUAAAAUAUGUAAUCGGAGUGCUAUUUCAAAUCUUUGAAGGAGAGACUAGUGAGAAUCGAGAGUUAUCAUUAUUUAAAGAAUUACAAUCCUCCGAAAUUGAAAAAUAUCAUCGAUAUCCAUAUUUGUUAUAUUCGUAUAUCAACAUUUACAAAUUCGUAAAACUAACAUGUUCAAAAGAGUUACAAAAAUACAUCACUCCGGAUUCUAUACGAUCUAUAAUUGGUAAAAAUUUAUCAAAUGCAUUUGGAAUUUGGUCAGAAUCAAAUUCAAAAGAUGAAGAUAAAGAAUUUUUAGGAUUUGGUGUAUACCCAUCAGCUUCAUUUUUCAAUCAUUCAUGUGAUCCAAAUUUAAUUAAAAUUAGAAUAAAAGAGAAAUUAGUAUUCAAAACAACUCGAAAAAUUUCAAUUGGUGAAGAAUUAUGUAUAAAUUAUGGAAAUUAUUCAAAUGAAUCUGUUGAAAUUAGACAAAAAGAAUUGCAAGAAUGGUUUUUCAAAUGUCAAUGUAA